AUGAAUGUUAGUGGCAACGGAUACUACACCACUAGAUAUCUUGACCUGAGGAAAGAGGGAACACGAUCUCAGAGCCGGUAUGCUAGCCUACCUCGUCAAUGCAGUGGGUCGUCAUAUGAACCCAAAAGUGAAAUGAUUAUAGGUGAAUGGAACCGCACUCCAUAUGACGAACAAGAUAUAAGUGAGGUCGGAUCGACGGUUUACGAUAAGAAUGACGAAGUUUCAACUAUGGAAUUCUCCAAACAAGGAAAUGUUGCUGACAACGCUGAAUUUGGUGAGAGAGAAAGUGAACAGGAGGAUUAUGAUCCUGAUUACUUAGAGCAAGAGAUCACUCCUGCUCAGCUCAAUAUUCUUCAGAGCUCUUAUAGGCCCUAUAGAGUGACAACACGGCCACCAUAUGCCACUCCACAGCGACACAUAGAAAACCCUCUGCAACAGUACCAUGGGUAUUACAUUCAACAAAAGAAACGAAUUGACUCUUCCCCUUACAAACCUAAAUUUUAUACACAUAAGACCUUUCGAGAAGUCUUUCAGGACGCUGAAGAAGACACCUGUAAAUACAAUCCAAUGGAAUUCGUCUUUCAGGACCAACCAGAAGAAAAGAAGCUCAAAAAAGCUGUCAAUAUUUUACGUGGAAAAAAAGCAAAUUAUGAUAAUGAUUAUUACCAGAACCUACAAAGGCUGCCGAGACAGGAGAAAUCAACUCCGCCGGUGGUCUUUUCUCAGCAAGAAACUACCAGUGUCGAAGAAAAUGAAUCUAAACGGGCUAAAAAAUCAAGAAAUUUAAAACUGCUAUGGAAGAAAAGGUCAAAUCCAGAGAAAACCGUAGCUCUACUCCCGCCAGCUAUCGCUCAAGCUGACAACAUUUCGAAUGAAGUUUUUAAAGAAGGUAAUAUGAAUAUUGAACUGACACCUGAAGUCGCGUCCGACCAAACUGAAGUACAUUCUCCAAAUAAUCAAUUCCAUCCUCUAUGGAACUAUAUUUUAUCUUGGAUUGUUUAUAAUCCCAAUAUUACUGACGGAGAAGAACUUUCAAUACCUUCUAUUGACUCAGCCGAAGAAGUUGUCAAGGAGGAUGGUGGCAGAAUGAAGAAAUCAUUGAAACUUAAGAAAAAGGACAGACCGAAGCUGCAUAGGCAAUCUAAAGAUAAUAUAAAAGGUAUCAAAAAAAACUAUAGUAUGAUGGUUAGUAAAUGGAAUCAACCUCUAUCUGUAGUUUUCGAUGGGAAUGAGGCAGGAAAAAUGUCUUUGAGAGCUACUCCAGAAUUUUCCUCCAGUACUCGGCUCAUAAAAUCAUCGGGGGACGGAAAUUCUCAGGAAUUUGUCAUAGAAAUCGAAGAUGAUGAAGACGAUAGUGUCGACGAGGAGUUAUAUUACAAUCCAAUCACGAAGAGUUUGGAGAGAGUUCCUGUCGCUAAUGGAAAUACAUCACCAUUGGACGGUCCUAAAGUUUUGAUAUCAAAUGUUGGGAACUUGAUUAAGAAGUUGAAGAUUAUGAGGUUAAUAUUUGCUCCAAUUGAUAUAGUCGGCAAUACGUUCCCGAGUCUUCAAACAUUUGUGAUAAUAGCCGAGUUAGUUAUAUUUGUCUGGCUCUUAUACGAAUUGAGUUUACUCAUUGAUUCGUUAUGUAUGAUGGUGAAAGCUGUGUGUGCUCCAAUGAUUGCCAUGGGCAGACUAAUGAAUAGAAUUAUGUAG